ACAUUUACAAUAACUAAAAAGGGAGUUGUUCAGUAUAUUGCGAAUUUCAGCGAUGGAUUUCAAAACACGCUUGCCAAUCCAACAAAUGUGAUUUUCAGUCAACUCCUCGGCCCACACAAUUAUCCUGCAGAAAUGAAAACUCGAAUCAGCAACUCGCUGAUUAUUGGGGCAAUUUUGGGCAUUGUUGUUCUGGGGUACGCCUCGGAUAUGUUCUCUCGGCGAUCCGGACUGCUCUUCACCUCAUCCUUGGUCGCCAUUGGUACCUUGAUGUCUACUGUUGCACUAAGCGUGCACCCCUCGCACAACAUGCUAUGGUAUUUUGUAAUCGCCCGGGGUAUCGCGGGAUUUGGCGUUGGAGGCGAGUAUCCCCCGAGUGCGGCAGCGGGCAUUGAGGAGUCCGACAGUGUCCUGAGGAAAUAUCGAGGGCCACUUUUUGUGUCCUUCACCACUCUAAUGGCGACGCUGGCCGGACCGAUCCUGCAGAUUAUCUAUUUGGUUUGCCUGGUCGCCAGUGACAACAACCUUACUGUCGCUUUCCAUGCGAUUUACUCGAUUGCUAUCAUCUUACCGGUCAUCAUUAUUAUGCUCCGCAUAGUGAUGGUCGACUCAUCGUUAUUUCAUCAUUCUAACCUAGCGAACCAACGCCUAUCGCUUAAAGUAUACUUACUGCUUGCUCGUCGGUACUGGUGGCGUAUAAUCACGACAUCUCUGGCAUUCUUCCUGUACGAUUUCAUCAAUUUCCCCAAUAGUAUCAUGUCGAGCACGAUUAUUUCGUCUCUUGUGAAGCAUGGGGAUAUCAGACAGACAGCAAUCUGGCAGGUCAUCCUGGCAGCCCUACCAGUGCCGGGCGUUGCCAUUGGUGCGUGGCUCACCAACGCGAUUGGACGUCGAAAUACCGGUAUUCUAGGGUUCGCAGGCUAUAUGGUCCUUGGAUUUAUCAUUGGUGGUACAUAUGACCGUCUUUCGAAAAACAUUGCGGCCUUUGUCGUCUUAUAUGGCCUUUUGCAAGCCUUUGGUCACAUGGGCCCAGGAGCGACGAUCGGGCUGAUAUCUUCCGAGGUAUUCCCAACCGCUGUGAGAGGAAUGGGCUAUGGCAUUGCAACUGCAUUUGGUAGGACAGGUGCCGCUGUUGGUACUGAGUGCUUCGUUCCCUUGCAGGAUGCUGCUGGAAGCAGUUCGACCUUUUAUCUGGCUGGUGCAGUAGCUGUUCUUGGCAUUAUCGUGUACUGUAUACUUCCUGAGAGCAGCAAACUGAAUCUGGAGGAAGAAGACAGGUCUUUGGAAGCCUUUCUAGCACAAGAGGGAUACCCGAUGGAAAAAGAGUGA